GCAUUAUUAUAGAAAAAGACAUGGAAGAUGAAAUUAGCCAUGGAAAUGUGGCACAUGGGCAUAAAAGAGGAAGCCUCGACAGUCCAUGUGUAAAAAGUAGUGGUAGCAACAACAAUAAUCACAACAAUCUCAACAACAAUAAAGAACAAGAUCGUUUCCUCCCCAUAGCAAACGUUGGCAGAAUUAUGAAAAAAGUGAUUCCGAGCAAUGGGAAAAUAUCCAAAGAUGCAAAAGAAACUGUCCAAGAAUGUGUGUCAGAGUUCAUUAGCUUUGUCACUGGAGAGGCCUCAGACAAAUGCCAAAGAGAAAAGAGAAAGACCAUCAAUGGAGAUGAUAUCAUUUGGGCAAUCACUACCUUAGGUUUUGAGGAAUAUGUAGGACCUUUAAAAUUGUACCUAAGCAAAUAUAGAGAGAUUGAAGGAGAAAAGCUUAAUAUUCCAAAGCAGCAAAGAUCUGAGCCAAAGCAGCAACAGCAACAAGAACAACAACCUCAGCAACAAUCAGAUCAUGAACAAAAUAUACCUUUCAAUAGCAAUGUAUAUUCUUCAACAAAUUUAUUGUCACAUCACUCAUCUUUUUUGCCAUCUGAUCAACCAUUUUCCUUGCCUUUCUCAUCCAAUUCUAUUCAAAAGCAAUUACAAUAGCAAGACCAAAUUGAUUCCGUGGGGCAUUAGUAAGAACAACAGAAAACUUAUUUUCCAACUUUUUAGUUUACAAAAAAUAUUUUUCAUUGAAUUGUUAUUAAUUAAUUUCAUGUACA